GCUUUGUAGGCAGAAGGUCCCAAGUUCAGUCUUUGGAGUUUCCACUGUAAAAAUGAUCAGGCAGUAGGUGAUCUGAAAGACCGUUGUCUGAGAUCCUGGAUCAUCCCCGCCAAUCUGUACAGACAACCCUGACUGAUGGACCAAUGGUUUAAUUCAGUAUUAGGCGGCUUCACGUGUCCACGUUCCUCUUGGCACAUUGUCAGCUGUCCCUAAGAGACAUUUCACAAAUCCAUUUUCUUUGACAGAAGGUUUUCUAGAGGCUCCCAUCGAAAGCAUAACAGUAGUAGAAGGUCAGGAUAUGGAUCUGCACUGUGUGGUGCUUGGAGACAACACAUCUGUUCUGCAGUGGUCCAAACCUCCGUUUACAAUUUUUCUCGGCCGACAUCAAGGUUUAAAGGAUAAGCGGUAUCAGCUUAUUAAUUCUUCAGUGGAUCGUUUGUCAGUUCGCAUCUCCAACGUAACAACAGAUGACGAAGGACUGUACACUUGUUACCAUUAUGGCGCAGAAGGCACAGCCAAGCAGGUGAAUGUCACCAUUUUAGCUGCUCCCUCUAAACCUCUGUUGGAAGAAUCAACAAUCAGAGCUCACAACAAAGAAGAAAUUAUUAUCUUAAGGUGUUCUACCCAGAAGAGUAAGCCCCGUCCUCAGAUUACAUGGCUGCUGGACAAUGGGAUAGAGCUCUUUGGUGACACUCAUCAUCAGUGUGAACAAAAUGGGAAAAAAUGCAACACAACCAGCUCCCUGAAAGUCCGCACCUUCAACCAGAAGUCUACUAUAACUUGUGUUGUUCGCCACAAAGCUCUGGGAGGAGGAAAUUUAACUGCAACUAUUCACCUGAGCCAUAUCAAGUCUACUACAGACACGGUUCCAACUACAUCUGAAUUUGGUAUGACAACCUUGGAGCACCCUUGGCGUUACACAGCCAACAUAUUAAAUAUGACAGAAGAAAACUUCAGGACGCAAAGGUCGCCCCUGAGCAGCAAAGCAGACACUCCAAACUCUACCACCACCAAUGGUAUGUCAGGAACAAACGUUACCUAUGAAGGAUUUUUGAAGAAGCCGAGCAAGUUAUUACCGAUCCUUGUGGCCACUCUGCUUUCAAUUCUAUCUGUCGCAGUCCUGCUCCUCUUGGUGAAAGUAUGGAAAGCACAUAGAGAAUGGAAGAGAGAAAACGAUUCCUCGGACCCGACGCUGGAGAACUACAAAGCCAGGCCUAAUGAAGACAAUCAUGCGCAGAAUAGGCACGUCGCCAGUUGGAGAUCUAGUAAGAAGCAUGCAUCUGAAGAAUCGUGGCACACCUCAUCAAAGAAGUCAGAAGAGUCAAAUGGAUCAGUCUUUGAGAAACAGUUGCCCUACAUAAAAGGGUUGGAUCUGUAACUGUCAGUCCCUCCCGAUAGUACUGGUCUGUGCAUUAUAACGGUGGCGCUGGGCUGCAUUCCUUUUAUUUAAUCUGCAGUGUGUCAUCUUGUAAAUAUUUGUCCAAAAUUCAGUUCCCAACUGGACUUCAGAGAAGCGGAAAUGACUCAUAAAAUGUGGGCAGUUCAGACCUUGAUUCUAUUUUGGACCAGCAUAUUGCAUGCUGCCACAGGAGGUGGUGAUGGCCACUAACCUGGAUAGCCUUAAAAGGGGCUUGGAUGGAUUUAUGGAGGAGAAGUCGAUCUCGG